AUCACAGUAAUAGUUUGGUCGAUGGAAAUAAUAUUAAAGGUCUAAUAAAAAGUGUUAAUAGUACAGCAAACUCAAAAAAAAAUCCAGUACCAAUAAUAAUACUAUUUAAUUUACUUGUCAUCAAUUUACUGGCUGAUAUCAAAGAAUUAGACAAAGGAACAAUUAAAACUGAAAAAUAUAGUGAAGAAAAACAUGUAAGAGAAUUAAUUAUAACAUAUGGUACAAAAAUGAUACUGAAACUAAAUUGUUUAUCUAAAGAACAAUCUAAUUUUACUAUUGAUGAGAUUGAAAAUCAAAAGGAAAAGUGA